AUGUCCUCGAAGCAAAAUGUCCAGCCGCAGGUCGGCGACAAGGCCAACGGCAAGGCUGGAGCCAUCUACUCCCUCGUCCAGCGCUCCCUCGACCAGGUGGUGAAGCCGUCGGUUCGCCAUCGCGCCUACGACUCGGCCUCGACAUUUGCCUCAUCGCGGCCCAUCCUCUUUUCCUUCGCCGCCUCCCAGCUUGCCUUGUCCUUUCUGCCUCUCCUCCUCUUUGUCUUCUUCGCCGCCUCGACCGUCGCCUUUGCUCUCGGCACCGCCAUCGUCUUCGCCCUCUUCUGGAUCUCCCUCGCUUUCCUCGUCCUCGUGCCCGCUCUGCUCGUCACCUCGUCCAUCGCCGUCUUCGUCUGGGCCUGGGCCCUCGGCAGCUUCCUCGUCGCCCGUUGGCUCUACAACCAUGCGCCGACGGCCGUGAAGCGUGACGUGCACGCAAACCAUGCGAAUGGGCCCGCCAAACCCAGCAUACCCGUCAAGAACGUCGCCGGCGUGGGCUAUGCCCAGUGA